AUGUCUCCUGCCAUCGUCAACGAACCUUUCACGCUUGCGAGUUACCCAUAUUCCAAGGCCAAAGGGUCUGCAAAAACAUCACAACCUACAACAAAUGGGUCUACUCGCAGAUUACACGCAAGUCAUGCCUCCUAUGACAAAAAGGAAGGUUAUGUGACGCUUGCCGUACCCCAAGAUGGCCUGCAUGUGUUUGAUCUGGCUGAUUUACAUCCUGUCACUUCGCACUCACUCGGGCCGUCAGCAUCGUUUGCGUGUCCUCCAGGCACGAGAGUAGCUACACCGGGUACCGGUGUAGUAUACCAAACUUAUGCCGCGAUUGCUUCCGGAAAAGACGAAAGCGACCUCACUAAUGCUCAGAGCGUGUCUUGCUUUGUUGGCACGCGUAAUGGGGAGAGCUUGAAGAAAACUUCAUCUAAGCUCCCUCACGCAGUCUUUGAUAUACAUACUCCGGAGGGUCUACACAACAACGUCAUAUUCUCCUCUCCUCAUGGCGACUGGACGGUAACGGACUCUGCCCUGCAAGUUGUCGCAACCACCUCAUCAUUACCCUCCACUUCCUCCAGUCGACUGAGCAAAACUUUCGUGCUAGCUACCCAGUCGUGCACAUUCGCCGUCACCCAGCAUGUUCUACCGGAUUCUUUCCUCCUCAUCAGCAUUCUUCAAGACAAGCGGGUACGCGUAUCUGUCUUUACCCCGGAACAAGGGGAGAUCGUCGGGGUGGGAGAAUAUACGUUACCUGCGGACAAGAGCGAAGGGGACAUCAUCGAUGCCUCGUGCAGUAAUAGUGAAUGGCUGAGCGUUCUCUUCGCUUCUGGUGCAUGGCAUUCCUACGAAUUGUCCUUCUCAUAUGCUCCAUCCACGCCCUCCGACAGUCUCCAAAUGUUCCAAGCGGCGUCCACUAUUUACCUAUCCCCUCGUGCAGUGUCGCCACCGUCCACCACCCUUCGUCCUCAUGCCACCUCCCUACUUGCCCUCAACACGUCACACGUUCUCCUUGCCUCCGCUUCUCAUCAAUGUGAAGUUCAGCUCCUGCUAUGGGACCUACAGUACGGCGUCCUGGUCGCUUCUCACGUCAUGCCGCUCCCGUCUGCCUUCGUCGAGGACUCCAACGUGGUGGUUGAACUUGUCCAGGCGACCGAGUCACAAGCACUGCUACUACUUUCUGGUGAGACCCGCUCAUCCGCGCUCGUCGUGCCUUUUGCCGUCCCCGCGCAAUCGACGAUAGCUGCCGUCAUUGGUCGUGCAGAGACAAGCGAACCGUACCUCACGUCAACCGAAAAACUCGAGUCGCAUGGUAGCGAUGUUAGCGAGCCAUACGCAGAGCAGCUUCGACUCUUCGGCGGCGCCGCGGAUGCGAAGUCAUUCGAGACUUCGUUUUUCAACUGGGUGCGUGCAGAGAAGGAUGCAGCACAGGGAGACCUGCGCGAGGUUCCGCAGCUGGGUUCCAAUUUCGUGAAGAAGGUCGUCCACAUGAUGCUGUCAUCAGGGCAGGGCAAAACAAAGGCAACCCGCUCGCCACGGAUAUAUUCACCCAAAGUGAUGCAGUAUCUCCUAGAGAGGCGGGUCAUCAGCUCAACGAUGGUGGAGGGGGGUCUUUUGACAGCCUUGAGAACGAAAAGAGACUGGACAUCCAUCAGAUCGGCUUUUCAGUCAGUGGUAGACCUGACUGAGGAUGAGGUCGUCUCAGUCCUACGCUCCAACGUUGCCGCGGAGCCUGAUGAGUCCAACGCGAUGGACGUUGAUACACCAGCGGGCGGGCCGCACUCGCCCGGGUUGGACAUCAUCCUCGGCUACGUGGUCAACUACGCGCCACAAACCUCCGCACCUGCAUUACGGUUGGCUUUGCGAAAGCAUAUGGCUUCUGCGGAGCAGCUGACAAAGGUACUAACGGUUUUGGAUGUGUGGGUCGCACGAUGGUCAGCGACUGAUUUGCAGGGUGCUGGCACGUUCAGCGAGGUCAAACCGCCGAAGCGUAAAGCACGAAUUCCUCCUCUUGACAAAGUCAUCGCUUUUGUUCAAGUUCUCCUUGACUGCUCUUUCUUGACAUUGCUCCAGCACCGACCCGCGCACGCGGUGCUCCGAGGGCUGAUGGCCCAUCUCGAGCCAGAGGUCGAAUUGGUUGGUACGCUGGAGGGAUUGAGUGCCCCGUUGGAACAGUUUGCCGUGGCACAAAAACGUGCAAGCACGAAAAAAGACACUCCUGCCAAGGACAAAGAUGUUGACUGGAGGCGACGGAAGAGGGAGCUACGGGAAAAGGCGGCCAUGGCAGUUGGAGUGUACCAGGUGGAGGAGCUUACAUUAUAGCUCGAUUAAAAUUCGUUCUCGAAGGAGGGUACGAUGACGCGAACGAAUUGAAGUACAUGUUGUAUAUCAAUUCGCAACUGAC